CUGCUUUACAGCCUAGUAGGGGGCAAAGUACCAGCGGAAAGUCCAAUGCACACUGGCCCACUGAGCUGUUUGUUGGUGCAUGUCAAAAGCUAAGCAGAUCCCAAUAUGGCAUCUUGCAUGAGGAGCUUGUUUUCUGACCACAGCAGAUACGUUGAAUCUUUUCGGAGGUUCCUAAAUAAUUCCACGGAACACCAGUGCAUGCAGGAAUUCAUGGACAAGAAGCUGCCAGGCAUAAUAGCAAGAAUUGGAGAAACAAAAGCAGAAAUGAAGAUUCUGAGCGUAGGUGGAGGUGCAGGUGAAAUUGACCUUCAAAUUCUCUCCAAAGUCCAGGCUCAAUACCCAGGAAUCUGUAUACACAAUGAAGUUGUUGAACCAAGUGCUGAACAAAUUGUCAAGUACAAAGAGCUUGUUGCCAAGACAUCAAACAUGGAGAACAUAAAAUUUGCUUGGCACAAGGAGACAUCAUCUGAAUAUCAAAAACGUGUGCUGGGAGAAGAGCCUCAAAAGUGGGACUUCAUUCAUAUGAUUCAGAUGCUGUAUUAUGUGAAGGAUAUUCCAGCUACCCUGAGAUUCUUCCAUGGUCUCUUAGCUGCCAAUGCUAAAAUUCUCAUUAUUCUUGUAUCAGGCACUAGUGGCUGGGACAAGCUAUGGAAAAAGUACGGCUCCCGCCUACCCAGGGAUGACCUCUGCCAGUAUGUCACAUCCUCUGAUCUCGCUCAGAUGCUGGAUGACCUGGGGAUUAAGUAUGAGUGCUAUGACCUUUUGUCCACCAUGGACAUAACAGACUGUUUUAUUGAUGGUAAUGAAAAUGGAGAACUGCUUUGGGAUUUUUUAACAGAAACCUGCAACUUUAGCAAAACAGCACCACCAGAUCUCAAAGCAGAAAUCAUGAAAGAUCUUCAAGAGCCUGAAUUUAGUGUUAAGAAGGAGGGGAAGGUACUUUUUAACAAUAAUCUGAGUUUUAUAGUGGUUGAGGCACAUGUAUAAAUCCUAACAGUAUUCAGAACUUAUAUUGUGAACAAUUGUUGAUUUAUUUACAUAUUAAACACAUAAUAUAUACAUACUGAAGUUAAAAUUAACUUUAUAAUAUGGUGCAAUAUUAUCUCUUAUAAGUGAAAUCUACAAAUUUCCAAGCAUUUUUUGGGCUUCUUUAAGAAUCAUGUGGGCUACUUCUAGUUGUAUUUUGUCCUUAAAAGGUAAACAGGCUAAACAUUGCCUAACUGGAAACAUGUGACUUUAGUUUCUUUGAAUUACUGAUAAGAAAACCUUUUCCAUUUUCUUUUUGUACAAGAAAUUCUUAUAAUAGUAAUAAAAUAUAUGCCACCCAUUCUUUGAGUAAUAGUAAAGUGAUCCUUGCCGAUUCUUUGAUGAUGACAAAAAGAGAUAUUUUUCUACUUUUGAUGACAUAUUUGUCUUCCUACUUUCUUCUAUGCCAGUUUCUAUCAUACUUUUUAUUAAUAUCAUCAUAAAAUUAGAGGCUGAUGGGAUGGUUCUUCCAAAGGACCUGGGCUCAGUUUCCAGAAUGCAUAUCCUAUACCUCACAACCAACUGUGACUCCAGAUCUAGGGUAUCUGAUGCCAUUUCUGACAUCUGUGGUCAUCAAUACUUAUGUGCAUAUAUUUCACCCCAUAUACAUAGUUAAAAAUAAAUCUUUAAAAAUAUUAUUACAAAA